AUGAAGUCGUUUUUGACAAUCGUGUGCCUGUCGAUGGCAGUGGUCGCUAUCAGCGCUCAGGAUAUCGCCGAGUGCCUGAGACAGGACAGUAUCUCCUGCAUUCAGAAGAGUCUCUACAGGAAGGCCAAAGAGUUCUUCGGCAAGGACAACCUCGAAAUCGUGAACGGUGUUUCCCUGGUCAAGAGUGCUGACAGAAGCUCCAGAACUGGCAAUGAAGUGUUUUACGAUCAGGAGAUUGAGGCCGCUUCCGAUGUCACUGAGAGACAGAGCGCACUCGAGAGCUUUGUUGGAGAGGAGGCCAGCGACUUCCUCACUGGACGCAGUCUGAGGAUCAACUUUGCGCCGGCCAUUCAGAAAAUUGGUGAAUCUGCACGCGCUAUGGUUGAAUCCGUUCCAGAGGAAGUGCAGCAGGCUGCUGACGAAGUUGUUGAAGGACGUGGAAAGAAGAAGCUGCUGAAGUCAAUCCUCCCAUUGUUGAUCGCUGCAAAAUUGAAGAUCGGUGCCCUGGCUACCCUAGCCUACUUCGGAAUAGCCCUCCUCGCGAAGAAGGCCCUCAUCGCCUCAGUCAUCUCCAUCCUCAUCUCGGCCUUCGUCGGACUCAGGUCCCUCUGGUCCAAGGGUGGGCACGACGUCACUGGGUACAACGCCGGUGGAUGGAGCAGUGGUAACACCGGUGGUUGGUCCGCCCCAGCUUCCUCAGGCGGUUGGUCCAGCGGUGGUGGCGGCGGCGGCUGGGAGGACGGACACGGUGGUUACGCAUCCGCUCAGAGUCAGGCAUACUCCGGAUACCACCACUGA